AUGGCAAACUUCAGGAUUCACGGCGAUCUCAACAACACAGAAGCGAUGCGAGAAACACAUUAUCUGGAGCCGGACCCGACGUAUGCAGGAAGAUCUUUAGCGAUUGCAGAACAAGACGAUGAUGCCGACAUCAGANAAAAGUACCGAUCCUUUGUCACGAGCGAUGAAGUGGCCAGAAGUGACUGGAUCUCUCAAUCUGAAGUCAGCACUGCUCUGAAGAUGUCGGAGAAGGAUAUGAAGGACACCAAUGGGGACAGGAUCAAGAUUCUAGUUCUGUAUGGUAGCAUGCGCGAAAGGUUAGUGCUUGACGAUGUGAAUCAUGUAGCUUCGACGCUGAUGAGAAUGAUCAGGUCAUAUUCUCGCUUGUUGGCGUUCGAGUGCUCGAGGAUACUGUCCAGACUCGGUGCCGACGUACGCGUCUACGAUCCCACCGGUCUGCCGGUCAAAGACGACGUUCAGCAUCAACACCCUAAAGUGCAGGAACUUCGAGAUCUCAGUAAAUGGAGCGACGGCCACGUCUGGGUCUCUCCGGAACAACACGGCAAUCUUGUAUGCGUGCUUCCCUCAUCCACUCAUGCGACGAAACAUAGAGCUAAUAACAGCAACAGANCUGCCGUUUUCAAGAAUCAGAUCGACUGGAUUCCACUUAGCACUGGUUCUGUACGGCCAACUCAGGGCCGCACAUUAGCCAUUGCUCAAGUCUCCGGUGGAUCCCAGUCCUUUAACACUGUCAAUUCCUUACGCAUUCUGGGUCGUUGGAUGCGUAUGUUCGCUAUCCCUAACCAGUCUUCUAUCCCUAUGGCAUAUACGCAAUUCACCGAUGCGAUAGAUCCGAACGACGACCCCGAAACCUUCGUACGGGCAGAGGGAGGAAGCAGACUUAAGCCUUCUGGUAACAGAGAUCGAGUGGUGGAUGUCAUGGAAGAGCUAUUCAAGUAUACGAUGGUGAUGCGCCGCCAUUUUGACCUCUUCGGUGACCGCCACAGCGAACGAAAAGAGAAAGAGGCAAAGCGCCUAAGGGACAUCGAGACCACCAAGAAAGAGGAGAAGGCUGGCCAGGAGGGCAAUGCCAAGAGCAUGGUCACAGCGAAUACUGUGAACGGUAUCGACGUCAACGGCAUCUAG